AUGGGUCGCAGGUCCCAAAAGCCUCCACCAACCGCCGGCAGAGGCACCCAAGAUAUCGGCGACAUGCUGCAGAGGCCAAUGGCGCCCAAGAUGGCGACCCCGGCGGAGCGCACGCCAGCCUCUCCAGACGAGGAGGAACAGCAUGGGGCUGGAUUAGAAAUAUCCACCGCUCCCCAAGCCACAGAGUCACUUGCCGGCCAAGACACACAAACCCCGGCUACCAAACAAGAUAUUGCCGACCUCCUGAUGGAAAUGAGGAGAAUGCAUGCAGCAGAUAUCAACCUAAUAAAGACUGAAAUGCAAGCGAUGACCGCACGCACACGGGCCACAGAGGAGAACAUCCUAGAUCUCCAAAGAGAGGUGAGAUAGAUAAAAGACACUUGUUACCAUAUGCAGGCCGCACAGUCCACCCUAAUCACAAGACUGGACCAAACAGAAGACCGCAACAGACGUGCUAACCUAAAAUUAAGGGGGAUCCCAGACACUCAUCAGAACUACCCCACUACCUCAGACGUCUCAUAG